AUGACAGGUUCAAACCCAUCUGAACUCAAAUCUCCACAAGAUAUCGAGAAUGAGCUUGCCGCAGAAGCACCUCCUCCAUCAUAUUAUAACAACACCUCUGAACAAGAUGCAGUUGCGGGUGCAUCCUCUUCUAGCAGUCCUCUUCAGCCUGCAUUCAAGUCUAAACCAACAAAUUACUUGCAUCUCUUCAAUGAGAAUAGCUCUGUCAAGGGGCAGUACGUCAUAGACCCUGGCAUGAGCAUCCCCACCUCUCUUCUUCCACCCCUGUCUCCAGAAGAGAGCGAGGCAGACAGAAAGAAUCUAUCCUUGCACUCGAAAAAUGGAUCUGUCAAUGCAGAAAUAUGGCUACUUGGUGCUCAAGACGCCCAACCCUUCGAUUCUAAGAAGCCCACAAAACGCACGAUACUCGAUAUAGGCUCUGAAAAUGGUUCUAUCACUGCGCGGGUUCAUACUACUCACAGGGCUGCGCCUUUCUUGUUGAACAUUUCUGCGAGUAACGGUGCUGUGAACGUCUCUCUUCCGCGCUCUUUUAACGGUCUCCUUCUUCUGACGACCAAGCACGGCUCCGUCUCACUCUCCGAUACUCUUUCCGAGAACUGCACGCAUCUCAGUCAAGUGGAUUUGACUCGCAGAUAUUUUGUUGGAGACUUCUCCACGCUUGAUGAUAGCGAUUGGCCUGGGGAUGAACUGCGGGUAGAAGGAAAACAUGGAAAGAUCAGGAUAAGAUACGUUGAAGAGCAUACCAGUGCAGACGAUACCAGCAAAGGAGGUCUUUUGAGUCGGUUAUUCGGGUGGUAG